ACUUGUUGUUGGGGGCAGUUACAUAGCGCUGGAGUGUGCGGGUUUUCUGCAGCAGUUGGGGUACGAGGCGACGGUGGCGGUGCGGUCGGUGGUGCUGCGGGGCUUCGACCGGCAGUGCGCGGCGAAGGUGCAGCAGAACCUGGAGGAGAUCGGCGUCGAGUUUCUGGAAGGUUUCGUCGUGGAAAAGAUCCAAAAAGAGGAAUCUGGAGCUCUUUGGGAGGCGCGGGAGGCCGCGGGGGCUGCGGAGACCCCCGCAGCUGCAAAGAGCGCGAAAAAUGACCCCAAAAAGCUUUUGGUUUUUCUCAAAAACUCCCAAAACGGCUCUUCCCUCGCCCUCCGCUUCGACACGGUUCUCUACGCCACCGGCCGGGACGCAGACACCAAACUCCUCAACUUGGAGGCGUUGGGAAUAGAAACUGGCGAAAAGGGAAAAAUCAUUUGCGACAAAUUCGCCGCCACAAAAGUGCCAUCAAUAUUUGCAGUUGGAGAUUGCGUUAAAGACUUCCCCGAAUUGACCCCCGUGGCUAUCAAGGCCGGAGAGAUUUUGGCCAGAAGACUUUUCGGGGGCAGCUCAGAAGUUAUGGACUUUUCAAAUAUUCCCACAACUGUUUUUACCCCCGUGGAAUACGGCUGCGUCGGACUCACUGAAGAAGAAGCAAUUGCCAAGUACGGCGCAGAUCGUGUGGAAAUUUACUUAAGUGAAUUUAUGCCUUUGGAGACAGCAGCAGUUCAUCGGCAGCAAAAGCGGCGGAAGCAGCUGCAGCAGCAGCAGCAGCAGCAGCAGCAGCAGCAAGAGGAGGAGGAGUUCCUGGACUUGUCUCCGAUUUGUCUCUCCAAGCUCGUCUGCGUGCGGGAAGACCCGAGCAGCAGCAGCAGCAGCAGCAGCAGCAGCAGCAGCAGCAGCAGCAGCAGCAGCAGCAGCAGCAAAAAAGAGAUUGUUAAAGGAGUCCACUUCGUGGGCCCAAAUGCUGGAGAAGUUCUGCAGGGAAUGGCCCUGGCUGUCCGUUUGGGAGCAACGAAGGAGGACUUCGACAACACAGUGGGAAUUCACCCGACAAAUGCAGAAAGUUUUAUGCUGCUGCAAAUCACGAAACGAAGCGGCAAAGAUUGGGUUGCUGCUGGCGGCUGCGGCGGCGGCAAGUGCGGCUAG